ACUCCUCGAUGGUGCUUCCCUCUUGCAUGUUAUCCAGCCACCUGGUAGCCCUCAUAGCGGAUAGUAACGAACGGCGCGUAUGACAGUGGGGGAAGACACAGCGAGGGUGGGAAAGGAGUUCAUUUCAGCUUCCCUGGACUAGAGUGGGAACCGGUGGAACCCCUUAGUGUGAUCGACAUCGGAAUAACACCCGUCUGCAACCAUUUCAUAACAACAGGAAGAACCUUAUUUCAACAUCACGGGUAUCUUAACUAUCUUGUCGAAGGGACAAGCCUUACCUUGACAACCCAACAAGCUCGGAUUUGGCGGGAUAAUUACGUCUGCGCACAAAUAGUCAGUCCAAUGGCGCAGUCUGUUGAGUUGACUCACGCAACACCCACCCACAUCCCCUCAAUCGCCGAACCUCUGGCACCUUACAUCAAAAGCCGCCAGGAUGCCCUGCUGAUUCGGCAAGCUCUGACCAUAUAUCUUCGCUCCCAUAUCGAGUUCGCAGAAAAUAAUACCGAGCACCCAGAAUGCCACAGUCAAUCCCAUCUGGCGUUAUCAGUGCCUCACGAAGCAGUGGUCGAUGUCAAGCGGCUUCCAUCAGAGUUGACAGGGUUGCGAAGACAGUACCUAGAAGCGCUCCAGUCGAAUGUGGCUGCAAGGAGGGAAUAUCAGUCAGUUGUGGAGAAGUUAACUUCUGUGGGCCUUGAAAGGAGCAAACCACGGGCGGAAAAUUUAACAGUGGAUUCGUCUGCGGAGUUACAGGAGUACCUGCGGCUUCUCCGUGACCGGCGUCGACAUGCGAAGCUUCAGGUUUUUGAACACUACAUCAAAGAGCUCAAACAACGUGAUACGCCCAGACCAGCGGAUUUAGAGGAUAGUGGGAUUCAUUAUCAGCAGCUUGCACCGCCACCAGUAGCCGAAGUUACACGACAUGGCUCUACCACCGGGCUUACCGUCGAAGAGCAGAUGCAUAGCCUGGAGAAAGCCGUUAUCCGCGCCAAGGCUCAGCUGGAGAGAGAGAAAGGGCUGUUAGAAGAACUUCAGGCGCAGCAAGCGCCCGUAGAGGCCCAAGAUAUUCCACGCGCAGUUAAGGGCGUGGCGUUACAGCGAACUCGUAAUGAGUUGGUGCGCUGGGUGGAGGAGAAAUUAGUAAGUGCUGGAAACAACGAGAACCGUUUGGCCUCUCGAGAUUUUCAUUCGGAGGACAUGGAUGAGUCUGUGCGUCUGCUUGGGGAGAAGAAAGCACAUAUUGCACAACAAUACGCUGCAUAUGCGGAUGCUCGCAAGCGUCUGCUUGAUGCUGCCUCCAGAGCUUGCCAACCAGUUACUCUCCCGGCGGCAAAGCCCUCAUCACGGCCUACUAGCUUGGUGCAGGGGAAGAAUGCAUCAGAGGGCACACAAUCUCUGGAUGCUUUGGGAGUCCUUACUUUUGCCAGCGAUGUCCUUCAGCCGUUGGCCAGGAGCCAGCGCGCAUUGGCACUACAGAAAUUCUACCUGUCGGGUAUGCUUGCGAAAGAAAAAGCCACCACCCUUCGCAUUCUGAGCAGACUGCGAGAUGAAAGCCACCUUCUCCCAGAGUACCCAACUCUGGCACGCCAGCCACGGUUCAAACAUGCGACAGCAACUCUAGCUUUGCACCAGGGCACGAGCACAGAGUCUGCCAAGCCAGACCAACUUGUUGACCUGGCCGAGGCAUGGGCAUCUGCUUCAAAUGCAGCAGGCAUGGCUGAACAAGAAUACGUCGAGUACCGACUGGAGGAAGGGAUAGAGACAGCGCAGGAUGCGCAACAGGCGCUGGAAGAUGUCUAUGAGAUACUUAACCAGAACCUGGAGGAUACCUUACGUGACCGGCAGGGCGAAUCGGGCGAGGACAGUAUGUGGCCGUCGGGGGCACGAUUGACUCGGUCACGGGCCAAAAUGCAGCAGAGCCAACAGCCAGCGAAGGGUCCAUGGAGUGGACUCCAUGGUCAAGUGGCUGUAGGAAGAUGAUUUAUGAAGGCGAGCAGCUACUGAUGGUACAUAAUGUUAUUUAUUUUUUUUGGUUUUGAUAAUACUCGUAGAUUGCUUGUCUCAUGUAAUAGCGCCCCGUUCAUGCCACGUUCUGUCCUUGCACGCUAGAAAUAUUCA